GUCUUGCUUUUUCAACUGCGCGGUGGAGAGCGGGCGGUUCACGAGUCACGAUGAGUAGAAUCUACUCUGCGAGGGCCUUGCUCUCGUCGGCGGCAGCAUCUUCCUGGCGAGUUCGCCUGCUUGCUACCCGCAGCAACUUCCCCGACGCCAAGACCUACAAGCCCAAACGCUACAAGCUGCCGCCCUUUUACGACCCCUACGGCUCGCGGCCCCCUCCCUCCGACAAGGUCCUCCGCCUCGCCGAACGCAUAGCAUCUCUCUGCCCCCAGGAGCUCGAGCAGUUCGGCCCUUCCCUCAGUGAGCGCAUUCGUGCACCCUGCCUCCUCCACGUAUCCGGCUCCGAAGCUGCCGCUGCCGCUGGGGGAACGGCCGCAUCUGACGCCGGUGAGGAGAAGAAGGCGGCCGUGGAGAAGACGGCUUUCGACGUCAAGCUGGAGAAGUUCGACGCGGCCGCGAAGAUCAAGGUUAUAAAAGAGGUUAGGGCGUUCACCAAUUUGGGGCUGAAGGAAGCGAAGGAGCUCGUAGAGAAGGCACCCGUUGUGUUGAAGCAGGGCGUCAGCAAGGAAGAGGCCAACGACAUCUUGGAGAAGAUCAAGAGCGCGGGCGGGGUAGCCGUGAUGGAGUGAAGCUAUCUUCGAGCAGGGCAGAUGUUCGUCCCAACUGGUUUCUGAGUUCCCAUAGUGCUUUGAAUUGUUUGAAAUUCAAGCAAAUUAUUUCGGUUGUUUCUUGAUCAGUUGCUGUGGCUUGUAAUGAUGACAUGGUCGUUUUUUCGCCUACUGAUCGAGAAAUUUAAAUUGAUUAAAUGGAUUGGAAAUUGAGGAUUUUGUCGAGGAA